AUGAAAUUAUGUCCUUAUUGUGGAAAUUUAGAACUGCUGAACAUAUCAAAUGCUGAAAGGAGGCACAAGUUCAAUGAUACAAAAUACCAGUCGAAUGCUACUAUAAGCUGUGAUACUGGAUAUACUGAUCAAAAUAAACCUCACACAUUGGGUAUAUCAACAACAUGGAUCAAGUGCUCUGCCAGUGGAACAUGGGACAAUGUACCGAAUUGUGUGCGGAAAGACUGCGGUGAUGUACAUGAUAUCAGCAUAGGCAAUGCAGCCAAUAGACAUCUGCAUAAGGACACCAUGUACAAUUCAACAGCAGAUAUAGACUGUGACGAAGGAUAUUACAACAUUAACGACACGCAAUCAAGUGAAAUUUCAACAACAAUAAUACGUUGUUCUGAGAAUGGAACAUGGAAGAAUAUACCCAAGUGUGUGCGAAAAGAUUGCGGAAAAUUAGACCUGCUGAAAAUAUCAAAUGCUGAAAGGAGGCACAAGUUCAAUGAUACAAAAUACCGGUCGAAUGCUACUAUAAGCUGUGAUACUGGAUAUACUGAUCAUAAUAAACCUCACACCUUGGGUAUAUCAACAACUUGGAUCAAGUGUUCUGCCAGUGGAACAUGGGGAAAUGUACCAAAUUGUGUAAGGAAAGAUUGUGGAAAUUUAGAACUGCUGAACAUAUCAAAUGCUGAAAGGAGGCACAAGUUCAAUGAUACAAAAUACCAGUCGAAUGCUACUAUAAGCUGUGAUACUGGAUAUACUGAUCAAAAUAAACCUCACACAUUGGGUAUAUCAACAACUUGGAUCAAGUGCUCUGCCAAUGGAACAUGGGACAAUGUACCGAAUUGUGUGCGGAAAGACUGCGGUGAUGUACAUGAUAUCAGCAUAGGCAAUGCAGCCAAUAGACGUCUGCAUAAGGACACCAUGUACAAUUCAACAGCAGAUAUAGACUGUGACGAAGGAUAUUACAACAUUAACGACACGCAAUCAAGUGAAAUUUCAACAACAACAAUACGUUGUUCUGAGAAUGGAACAUGGAAGAAUAUACCCAAGUGUGUGCGAAAAGAUUGUGGAAAUUUAGAACUGCUGAACAUAUCAAAUGCUGAAAGGAGGCACAAGUUCAAUGAUACAAAAUACCAGUCGAAUGCUACUAUAAGCUGUGAUACUGGAUAUACUGAUCAAAAUAAACCUCACACAUUGGGUAUAUCAACAACUUGGAUCAAGUGCUCUGCCAGUGGAACAUGGGACAAUGUACCGAAUUGUAUGCGGAAAGACUGCGGUAAUGUACAUGAUAUCAGCAUAGGCAAUGCAGCCAAUAGACGUCUGCAUAAGGACACCAUGUACAAUUCAACAGCAGAUAUAGACUGUGACGAAGGAUAUUACAAUAUUAACGACACGCAAUCAAGUGAAAUUUCAACAACAACAAUACGUUGUUCUAAGAAUGGAACAUGGGAGAAUAUACCCAACUGUGUGCGAAAAGAUUGUGGAAAGUUAGACAUGCUGAAUAUAUCAAAUGCUAAACUAAGGCUCAAAAUCAUUGAUACAAAAUACCAGUCGAAUGCUGUUAUAAGCUGUGAUACUGGAUAUACUGAUAAAAAAAAACCACAGACAAAGGAUAUAUCAACAACUAUGAUAAAGUGCUCUGCCAGUGGAACAUGGACAAAUUUACCGGAAUGUGUAAGAAAAGACUGCGGCAAUGUACACAACAUCAGCAUAAACAAUGCAGCCAACAGACGUCAUCACAAUGACACAAAGUACACUUCAACAGCAGAUAUAGACUGUGAUGUAGGAUACUAUAACAAAAUUCAAGAUCAAACAGCAGGAAUAUCAACUACAACAAUAACUUGUUCUGAGCAUGGAACAUGGGUGAAUAUACCCACGUGUGUACGGAAAGAAUGUGGAGACUUAAGCCAGUUAAAAAUACCAAAUGCUGAGAACAGGGAUCCCAGUAAUGGCACGAAAUACAACUCGAUAGCAAAUAUUAGCUGUGAUGCGGGAUAUAAAGAACUAAAUGAAAGUCAGUCAGAAGGAAUUACAAGCACUUUGAUAAGAUGUAACGAAAAUGGAACGUGGGCAAAUCAACCGACGUGUGUCAGGAAGGACUGUGGUGACGUGCAAAAUAUCAGCAUAGACAAUGCAGCCAAUAGACGUCUGCAUACUGACACCAAGUACAAUUCUACAGCAGAUAUAGACUGUGAUGAAGGUUAUUUUAACGAAAAUCAAACCCAGGCAGCUGGAAUAUCAACUACAAGAAUAAACUGCUCGGAACAUGGAAUAUGGGUGAACAAGCCUAACUGCAUACGGAAAAAUUGUAGAAGUUUAAAGCAGUUGAAUAUAUCAAAUGCUCAGGACAUAAGUGAAAUCAACGGUACGGAAUACAACUCGAUAGCAAAUAUAAGCUGUGAUGUGGGAUACAAAGAACAAAAUGAAAGUCAGAUAGAAGGAAUUACAAGUACUUUGAUGAGAUGUAACGAGAAUGGAACAUGGAUAAAUCAACCGACGUGUGUCAGAAAAGACUGUGGUGAUGUACAUAAUAUCAGCAUGGACAAUGCAGUCAAUAGACGCCUGCAUAAUAACACCAAGUACACUUCUACAGCAGAUAUAGACUGUGACGAAGGAUAUUACAACGUCAAGGACAAUCAAAAGACUGGAAUAUCAACUACAACAAUUCAUUGUUCCGAGUAUGGGACAUGGACGAAUAUACCUACGUGCAUACGGAAAGACUGUGGGUCUUUAUCAACUCCAUCAAAUGGAAAUAUCGCAUUGCAACAAAAUGAUACAUCCUAUGGAUCUAAUGCCACAAUCACGUGCCGUGAUGGAUACACUGUGUUUGGCCCAGACAAUAUAGUGUGUGAGAAGACAGGAAACUGGAGUAGCUAUAUAACACAUUGCCAAGUUAAUGAUUGUGGACGGUUGCCACCGCCGACGAAUGGAAAGAUCACUUUUGCUCAGAACAUGACAACAUAUGGUUCUAAUGCUACAUACACGUGUGAUGAUGGGUAUUAUAUUAAUGGUUCAAAGACAAUACAAUGUAAAGCGUCUGGAAAUUGGAGCACUAUCGGCAUAUCUUGCCAAAUUAAGGAUUGUCUCACGCCUAAACCAGUACAAGACGGCUUUAUUGGAACUCCAAAUGGAACAAAAUUUGGUGCUGUGGCCAACAUUUCCUGUAAUCCAGGAUAUACAUUACAUGGAGACAACUUUACGAAGUGCAUGGCGGAUGGCUCAUGGGAUUUAUAUUCUGUGAAUUGCACACUGAAUGAAUGUCCUAAAGCAAAUGAUAUUGACCAUGGUUCAGUUAAUACAACCCUCAAAUCACAUGUUGUGUAUAAGUGUGAGACUGGGUAUACUUUAUAUGGCCAGAAGAGUUUGUUUUGUCAACUAAAUGGUACAUGGAGUGCAGAGACGCCAAAAUGCAAAAUAACAGAUUGCGGAAACUUAACGAGCCCCGAAAACGGACAUGUCACACUUAACAAUGGACUAACAACAUUUAAUUCUUCUGCUACAUCUACAUGUGACACUGGCUAUGAAUUGACUGAUAAGGGUAUUUCGAUAUGCAAUGCUGCUGGUAAUUGGAGCAGUACACCGAAUUGCAGAAUAAAGGACUGUGGUAACGUCACGGAUCCUAAAAAUGGAUACGUAGACCAAACAAAAGGAACUACAUACUUAUCUGAAUCAACAUUCAAUUGUAAUAUUGGUUAUACAUUAUACGGUGACAACAAUACAGUGUGCACAGAAUACAGCAAAUGGGGUGCAUAUAAUGUAACCUGUGUCAUCAAUGAUUGCUCUGAACCCACAUCCACUACAGAUGGAAAUGUAACUGCGACCAAUGGGACUACCUAUAGUUCGAUUGCAAAUUAUAUGUGCAACGAGGGGUUUGUUUUAGACGGUCCCAACAGAACUAUCUGUCAGCCUAACAAGACAUGGAGCGGUCCUAUUCCAACUUGCUUAAUCAAAAACUGCAGUGGUUUACCGAAUCCAGAAAAUGGAGCCAUCACGUAUUCCAGAAAUUUGACAUCUUUUGGGUCUAAUGCAACAUACACCUGCCAUCCUGGCUAUAACAUAACUGGUCCAGAAAUUAUACGAUGUGAAUCAUCAGGAAAUUGGAGCAGCUACGAAACACACUGUGAAAUAAAAAAUUGUGGGAAUUUGAUAAAUCCCCCUAAUGGAACAGUGGACAUAUCUUACGGCACAACAUACCAGUCAGUAGGAAAGUACAGCUGUAACACCGGUUACACGUUAUAUGGAGACAACAGUACUACAUGUACAGAAACUGGACUUUGGAAGAGACACAGCGUGGAAUGCAAAAUAAAUGAUUGUGGUUAUCCAGUCCAGCCGGGCAACGGAAGCGUUGACGCAUCAAAUGGAACAACUUUCGAGUCUAUGGUAACAUUUUCGUGCAACAUUGGUUAUGAUUUGAAAGGUGAAAAACAUGCCAGUUGCCAGGCUAAUCGUUCUUGGAAUAUAACAUCGCCUACAUGCAAUAUAAAAGACUGUGGAAAACCGAACCAAACAGCCAAUGGAAAGUACUCUCUAGAUGCAAGACAACUGACGGUUUUCAACCAUACUGCAACCUACAAGUGCAAUUCCGGCUACGAAACAGCUGGUGUAACGUUAAUUACAUGUAACUCUUCUGGAAAAUGGAGUAGUCCGCCACCGAAGUGCAAUGAUAUUGACGAAUGUGAUCGAUAUACAUCAAGAUGCCAUAGGCGUGCACAGUGCACGAACACCAAUGGGUCAUACAAGUGCAAGUGCGAUGAUGGCUUUAAUGAUAUCUCUAAGAAUGGGGAAGUAGGAAUUGAAUGUCAAGAUAUCAACGAAUGUGCCAACGACAGUACAAACCCCUGUAACAGGAAAGGAUCCCAGUGCAUUAACUAUCCCGGAGGGUUUCUUUGUCUAUGUGACGACGGCUGGACUGACAAUAACUGCAGUACAGAUAUAAAUGAAUGCUUGGAUAAUACCACUUGUGGUGUUCUAGCUUCUUGUGAAAACUAUGAUGGAGGCUACAACUGCACAUGCGAUCCUAAGUUCCCUAAAGGAGAUCCGAAAAUACAUUGUUACGAAAAUGUCAUUAUACACCUGGAGACGGUUGUAACUCGCUUCAGAGGAGAAGAUCAACUGAUAGACGCAAAACCUAUUCAUAACAGAUUUCCAUACUUCGGAGUGGAAUACAACUCUUAUAGGCCAAAUAUGAAUGGCUUUCUUACGCUUGGUUACCAGCCGCUGUAUGAAGACUAUGGACCAGAAACACCCACGGACUGGCAGAAAUUCAGCCGCGGAUAUACUGUGAUAGCUCCAUUCUGGACAAAUAUUGACUCUACAAAUCUUACCGGAGGACUUGAUGUCCAUCUGUUUGAAUAUUAUACCAGUUAUGGACAAAAUGACAGCCAACACAGAGAUCUUUCGCGGCUUGGACAAAUAUUUUCAAAUUAUCUAAACCUCACUGACUUCAAACCACGAGUAGCAAUUGUAGCCACUUGGCGUAACGUGACACAGUCGUCAUACAUAAUACCUGUCAGACUGAUUAAAACUCAGAAUGCAACAAUGCAAGUGAUACUAAUUUCUGAUGGUAUAUUUUCCUAUGUAAUGUUUAACUAUGACCAAGAACAGUGGUCGCUCAAAAUGAACAAAAAUAUUCCAAGCUCUGCUGGUUUCAGUCUACAAGACAAAACUGGAUUCAUAACGGCAACCAGCAAAAAUGUUAGUCAGCUUAAUAAUGGAACAAACGUUAAUCCAGGUCUUAAAGGAAGAUGGAUUUACAACGUUACUAGAAAUGACCUUGGUAGUAGUGCAACUUUGCGAAAUGAAUCGGAAUGCCUCGCAUUCAGACAAAAUGACACGAUCUGGAAUUGGAUACAGACACAACGGGCUUUAGCGUAUCCAUGUCCCUGUAGUGAGCAACAGAUGCAGCUUGAUUAUAGCUAUCACACGGUGAACCCAAUGUAUAAAGACUCACAAUCGCGGACGACUUGCUAUGAGGCCUGGUUCUUUAACAAUGAUGGUGUGAAACAGACGUGCUGUUAUAGUUACGGUGCCUUGAAAAAAGAUGGUACUGGUGGUGGCUUUGCAACGUUUGAGAAGGAUCCCUAUGACAUCAUUCAAUAUUUCUACGCAUGCUGCGAUGAAAAGACUGACAGACACUUGUGUCACCUUUUCUACGAAAUGAACCCGUCUGACGAUUGCUCUAUGUUCCAGCCUGCGGACGAGCCCAUUGGAAGAUAUAGGCGCUCACUUAUCGGAUAUAUGAGAAGCGGAUCUGACUGUGGUCGUUUACCAAAUCCAGCAAAUGGAGCGAUCAAGUAUGCUAGAAAUGUGACAUCGUUUGGGUCCAGUGCUUCAUACUCUUGUCAACCUGGAUUUGAAAUGAUUGGUCCAGAAGUUAUACAUUGUGAGGCGCAAGGAAAUUGGAGCAGCGACACAACAUAUUGUCAAAUUAAAGACUGCGGGAUCCUGACGAAUCCGUUAAAUGGAAAAGUCUACGUAUCGAAUGGCACAACGUAUCAGUCAGUGGGAAAAUACAGAUGUAACACCGGCUACACGUUAUAUGGAGAUAACAGUACCAUAUGUAAAGAGAAAGGAAAUUGGACUGUUCAUUCUGUAAACUGCAAAAUUAAUGAUUGUCUUCAUCCAAACCAUCCGGUAAAUGGUAGCGUUAAUAUAAAAAAUGGAACAACAUAUGGAUCCAUGGUAACAUUUGAUUGUAAUACUGGCUACGAUUUGAAAGGUGCAAAACAUGCUGUUUGUCUCUCCAAUAGUUCUUGGGAUGUGCCGUCACCAUUUUGCAUUAUCAGAGAAAAUGUCGUCAUAGCACUGGAGACUCGCGUAUACCCUUUCAGAGGAGACGAUCAACUGAUAGACGCGAAACCUAUUCAUAACAGAUUUCCAUAUUUUGGAGUGGAAUAUAACUCAUACAGGCCAAAUAUGAAUGGUUUUCUUACGCUUGGUUACCAGCCGCUAUUUGAAGCUUAUGGACCAGAAACAUCUACGGACUGGCAGAAAUUCAGCCGCGGAUAUACUGUUAUAGCUCCAUUCUGGACAAAUAUUGACUCUACAAAUCUUGCUGGAGGACUUUAUAUCCAUAUGUUUGAGUAUUAUACCAAUUAUGGCCGCAAUAACAGCCAGCAUAGAGACCUUUCGCAUCUCGGAAAUAUAUUUUCUUAUUAUUUAAAUAUAAUCGACUUCACACCACGAAUUGCACUUGUUGCCACUUGGCGUAACGUCACUAAAUCGUCCAGCCUUGAACCUGGCAGGCUAGUUAAAACACAGAAUGCUACAAUGCAAGUAAUACUUAUUUCUGACGGCAUUUAUUCCUACGUUAUGUUCAACUAUGACCAAGAACAGUGGUCGCUGAAAAUGGACAAAAACAUCCACAGCUCUGCUGGUUUCAGCCUACGCGACAAAACUGGAUUUAUAAUAGCAACCAGCAAAAAUAUCAGUCAGCUAAAUAAAGGGACAAACGUUAAUCCAGGUCUUAAAGGAAGAUGGAUUUACAACGUGAGUAGCACUGACCCAGAUGUAGUUGCAGUUUUAAGAAAUGAAUCGGAAUGCCUCGCAUUCAGUCAAAAUGACACGAUCAGGCAUUGGAUAACGACACAACGGGCUUUAUCGUAUCCAUGUCCCUGUAGUGAGCAACAGAUGCAACUUGAUUACAAUUACCGCACGGUGGAUCCAAUGUAUAAAGACUCACAAACUAAGAUGGUUUGCUAUGAGGCAUGGUUCUUUAACAACGAUGGUGUGAAACAAACGUGCUGUUAUAGUUAUGGUGCCUUGAAAAACGAUAAUACAGGCGGUGGCUUUGCAACGUUUGAGAAGGAUCCAUAUGACACCAUUGAAUACUUCUACGCAUGCUGCAAUGAAAAGACUCACAGACACUUGUGUCACCUCUUCUACGAAAUGAACCCGUCUGACGAUUGCUCUAGAUUCCAGCCUGCGGACGAGCCAGUAGGAAGAAAUAAGCGGAGCUGGUGGGAAAAAGUACAGACACGAUAAAAGCAGGACUUGAAGAUAAAACACAUAGAGAGGAGGAUAUCUAAAGUUCAAAAGCAUUGUAACUGGCAAAAGACACUUUAACUCAGUAAUACUUAAGUAAAAAUGAACUCGCCAAAGAACAUUAAUUAUCUUUUUCAGGUCUUUGCAAACUACUUUUCAAGAUGACAUAUAAGUAUGGCUGUUUGUUUUUUAAAGAAAAAGUUCUGUGUUAAGUGAUUCCCGAGACCGGCUUUUUUAGUUUGAAUUAGUAAAUUGAUUUAAUUAUGAUGGAUGUAGUCUUAUUUUGUCUGUAAAUAAAUACGUUUUUUGUCG